AUGCGCAUGCUGACGUCAGGUAUCUCGGCGCAAGAGUUGGAUGAUAAGUUUCGUCUGGGUUCAUCUACCUUGCUCGAGUCCCUGAAGCGCUUUUGCGUUGCUCUGGAUCAGGUGUACGGUGUUACAGUGCUGCGAGCUCCAAACGAUGAGGAUCUGAACCGUCUGUUGGACGAGGGCGUGCAAGCGGGGUUUCCGGGUUGCAUCGGGUCUAUCGACUGCAUGCAUUGGCAGUGGAAGAACUGCCCUAGCUCCUGGAAGGGCAUGUUUCAGGGCAAAGAAGGCGUCGCGACCGUCGUUCUUGAGGCGAUUGCUGAUCACCGCGGCCGAUUUUGGCAUUUCAAUUUCGGUACACCAGGUGCACUCAACGACAUUAAGGUCUUAGAUCGGUCACCGUUGUUCCAUAAUGCAGUGAACGGCACCAGUCCGCGUGUAAUCUGGUCGUUGAACGGACACGAGUACAACUUUCCGUACUGGCUUGCCGAUGGAAUAUACCCCCAGUUCGCCUGCUUCCUGAAGACUUAUCCAAACCCCUCGUCGCGUAUGCAAAAGCUGUUCGCGUCCAAGCAGGAAGCCAAGCGCAAGGACAUCGAGCGAGCGUUUGGUGUGCUGCAGGCGCGAUUCCACGUGCUAACCAGCGGGUGCCGCCUUUGGGAUCGCGAUGCAAUGCGAACGGUCAUCAAGGCGUGCGUUAUUCUCCACAAUAUGAUUAUCGACUUCGAGCGCGAGACGGGUGUGUGUCCCCACUACAUCCACGCCGUCGACUACGUCCCCAAACACCCCUUUGUGCUGACUGCUGGACAGUCCGACCGUCGGCAGAGAGAUGAUUCGGGCAACGAAAAACACCACAGUUCAUAA